CUUUGGCAUAGAAUUACAGAAUUAGAAAACAUAAACAAAUAAAUUUGUUAAAUUUUGCUCGAGUCAAGUUCACCACUUUGCCCUUUUGAUAAUUUUUCGAUACAAAGACUUCAAAAUUGGUAUUUAAAUACGAGUCAAAGCAAAAAUCACCAAUAAGUCUACAUUAAACUUAUGAAAAAUAAUGUCUACUGGCAGUGCAGAUAAUUUAUCUAAAGAUUCAAGAGAAAACAGUUUUGAUGGAAGUAUAAAUAAUUUAUCUGCAGAUUUUUGUGUCUUAGAUAUCAGAGACUAUAAUAGAAAUCAGAAUAGUGGUGAUUGUAGUAGAGAAUCAAUGUCUUUGUGCUCCGCAGCUUCUCCGUCAGCAAUAGAUUUUCGUACACUAAGGGAUGGUAGUGUCUCUAUGUCUUUGUGUUCUUCUUUAGUUUCUCCACCAAGAGAUUAUAGUUUAUUUUCUUUGUCACUAAAUACAUCAAUGUCCUCUCAGGUAGAACAUUUUAGAUGUGAGGGACAUGCAGAGCAUAGUUUAACUUGUAUGAAAAAUUAUUUACAAGCAGGAAAGUUAUGUGAUGUUACACUUAUUGCUGGUACUAAUGGAAAAAGAGUACAGGCACACAGGUUGGUCCUUUCUGCUGCCAGUGAAUAUUUUGCCGCCAUGUUUACAGGGAGUUUAAGCAAUAAUGAUGAAACAGAGAUUACAUUAGUAAAUGUCAGUGGUGAUGUUCUUCAAGCUGUUGUCAAUUAUUGUUACACAGGGUGCAUAGAAAUUAGGGAAGAUAAUGUGGAAACUUUGUUAUCUACAGCAUGUCUCAUGCUACUACAUGAAGUAGUUGAAGCAUGUUCAAGGUUCUUAGCUCAUCAAUUGCAUCCCAGCAACUGUUUGGGAAUCGCAGUGUUUGCUGAGCAUCAAGCUUGCACUAGUUUACUACAAGAAGCUAACGCUUAUACUAGUCAGCAUUUUAUGCAGGUAAUAAAAAAUCAAGAAUUUCUUCAACUUAAUGUUGAUCAAAUGUCAACUUUGCUAAACAGUGAUGACCUCAAUGUCGUCUGCGAAGACCACAUUUUUCAAGCUCUGAUGAGUUGGAUACAACAUGAAUCUGAUGCGCGAAGACAAUACAUUGGACACUUGCUUGGUUUAGUCAAGCUUCCACUUUUAUCACCAGCAUUUUUGACUGAUCAAGUUGAACCUGUAUGUGAAGGUGACCUAACCUGCCAGAAGCUAAUUAUGGAGGCCAUGAAGUGGCAUUUACUUCCUGAAAGACGACCUAUUAUGGCCAGCGCUAGAACAAGACCUAGAAAAGCGACCUUGGGAAAGCUGCUGGUUGUGGGUGGAAUGGAUAAAAAUAAGGGGGCUACAACAAUAGAAAGUUAUGAUCCCAGAUGUGACGUAUGGACAGUUGCACAUCAUAUGAGUGGAAGAAGAUUGCAGUUUGGUAUAGCCUUAAUGGGAGACAAAUUGUUAGUUGUUGGAGGAAGAGAUGGACUUAAAACUUUAAAUACAAUGGAAUGCUUAGAUAUGGAAAGUGGGAAUUGGACACAAUUAUCACCAAUGAAUACCCAUAGACAUGGAUUGGGUGUUGCUGUUUUAGGUGGAACUCUGUAUGCAGUAGGAGGUCAUGAUGGAUGGAGUUACCUGAAUACAGUUGAAAGGUGGGAUCCAGUAGCACGUAGCUGGCAGUAUGUAGCCCCUAUGCAAAAUCAACGUUGUUCUGCUGGUAUAUCGGUUUUGGGUGGUAAAUUGUACGCAGUGGGAGGUAGAGAUGGUGCUUCCUGUCUCAGAACAGUUGAAUGCUAUGAUCCUCAUACCAAUAAAUGGACAAUGAUAGCUCCAUUGACAAGAAGAAGAGGUGGGGUGGGCGUUGCAGUUGCCAGUGGAUAUUUGUAUGCCAUGGGAGGUCAAGAUGCACCUGCUAAUAAUCCCGCAGCAUCGAGGUUCGAUUGUGUAGAAAGAUAUGACCCAAAUACUGAUGUUUGGUCCACAGUAGCCCCCCUGUCAAGCAAAAGAGAUGCCGUAGCAGCUUGUCUUUUCGGAGACAAAUUAUUUGCUAUAGGAGGCUAUGAUGGCAACAAUUACCUUCGCACUGUUGAACAGUAUGAUCCAAAUGCAAACGAAUGGAUCACUUUGUCUCCCCUGAUAACUGGCCGAGCCGGUGCUUGUGUUAUAGCUGUUAGUAACAAUGCAGUGCAAAAUACUGAAUGAUCUCUGCAAAAAAUUAAGUUUUUAAAAAGGUCUGUGUUUUAAUAGAAAAUGUAAGUUUUAAUCUGCAAAAUUACGUCCUUACUUAUUAAUUACAUUCAAUUUGGGCUAUACAAUAACAAAAUUUUAAAAAGCAGUGCUGGGUAAGUAUUUCAAGAAAUUCUUGUCAAGGGUAAUAUAAUAAAUGAUACAAUUCCAGGAAUAUCAGUCACAAUGACAAGUGUGAAGCACGACUUUAUUUUCCAAAUAUUUGGGACUGCCAUGAAUAGGAAUUAUGUUCAAAAAGGGAAUAUAUAAUGAAUAUCUCUUCUUCGGUGGAAAAUUGAUCUAAGUGCAAACUACUACGUUUUGAGAAAAUUAUGUUUCAAUAUUUUUUCUAUGCAACGAUAAUAUUACAUAUAAAAUACGUCAAUUUUUUUUUAUUAAACUAUUUAUUGAAAAGGACUCUUAAAACUAAUACUGUAGUCAUAUGUUGGAAAAUUUGUAGAUUUACACCCUCUUUUUUCCAGUUACGAAUUUUAUAAAUUAGGAAUUGUCAUUUCCUUUACCAGCUAGGUUAAAGCGCAAUGUAGUUGUGUUUGAGCUUCCACAGCAUAGAACACACUAGAUUAUUUGAAUCAAUGGGCCCGUUCACUUUCAUUUU